GUGCUUGCUGCAAUUGUUUCCACUCUAUGCCUCCGUUAUCCCCUCCCUGUUCCUCCUAUUCACGUUGGGCGUUUCCUGGAUGACUAAACGCCUGUAUAAACUAACAGUAACCUCAAGCAUUCUGCACUGAAACGAUUCUCCUCCAUCCUGAUCUGAUCUCUGUGCUGCAACCAUGACUGAGUUGGAGAAAUCCAUGGAGUCCCUAAUCACUGUUUUCCACCAUUAUGCCAAGGAAGGUGGGAAUAAAACCACCCUGAGCAAGAAGGAGCUGAGAAAACUGAUUGAGACAGAGCUGCCCAACUUCCUGAAAGCUCAGAAAAACCCUGACACUGUGGAGUGCAUCAUUAAAGAUUUGGACCAGAACAAGGAUGAUGAGCUGGACUUUGAAGAGUUUGUUCCCUUCGUCGCUGGACUAACAAUCGCCUGUGAAAAGCAUUACGCUUUGCACCACCAAAAGAAGGGCAAGAAGUGAAGAGCUGACAAAGGACCAAUGACUUGUUUAAGAAUAGGAAUAUGUUGCUGAGUUGUAUGACACAUUAAAAAAUAACCUUUGACAAUA